UUCACCGACAUCGACAUGAGUCAAUACGUACAUGUUCCAAAGUCUGAGCUCGACGAAGCUCAACUUCGUGCACUAGAAGAGCAUGAAAUCAGCCAAGGUCCUCUGUCGGUGCUUCAACAAGCAGUUAGGAACCAUGCUCAAGUCUUGAUCUCACUCCGAAAUAACAAGAAGCUUCUUGCUCGUGUCAAGGCUUUUGAUCGUCACAGUAACAUGGUUCUGGAAAACGUGAAAGAGAUGUGGACUGAAAUGCCAAAGGGAAAGAACAAGAAACCUGUGAACAAGGAUAGAUUCAUAAGCAAAAUGUUCCUCCGGGGAGACUCUGUAAUCCUGAUUCUUCGGAACACUGCAUAGGUCGUUCCGACGGUACCGUGCACUCGUUUUUCAAAUUCCUGUUGGCCUGUCCGACCUCAUUCCUUCAAUACUUACGCGGUAGUAAAAUGCUGCACCUGCGCGACGGUGCAAGUAUGUAUCAGCAUGUAUUCGUUGUACUCAUAAUGUCUGGUUUCCUCUUUCUUUCAAUCGAAUCAUUCUGGUGCCCCUUUCUUUCUGGCAUGACAGGUCUUCAGUCAGCGUCGGUCGUAUUCGAUCGCGUUCGUUUCGAAAACACACGUUAUUUUACACG